GGCAGUCAUCAGUGUAUAAUAACUCAUUUCUUUUCCUCUGUGGUUAUUUUUCCCAUUUUUGUAACGAUGCCGGGAAUGUGCUCUGUGCCGGGCUGUAAGGGCUACAAGAAGGCCAGGUCCCGGGGGGUCGUAUUUCACUCUCUGCCUACAAGAGACCCGGAGCGAUGCAGAAAGUGGUUAAAGGCCAUACACAACCCCAAAUUUGACGAAAACACACCAGUAAAUAAAUACGGCAACAUACGAGUCUGUAGCCAGCAUUUUAAACCGGACGAUUACGAACCGGACAUCCAGGCAGAGCUCAUGAAAACAACGCCCCGAAAAAUCCUCAAAUCCAACGUAAUUCCGUCGGUUUUCUCUGGAAGACAGCCAGAGGACGCCAGCACAUCUGUGUCCACAGGUGACAGGAGCCCAUCACAGGCUCCCAGUGCAGCUGCUCAAGCCUCUACCUCAGUGGUUUCAGGUACCAGCGUGGACAGUGUACUGCAAUGGGGCUCUAUAUUAACUUCAGCUUCUUCCCUGGGUGUUCAGGGUAUUGGUGUGGACAGUGCAUCACCCUCUUUAAUAAUUCCUCUUCCCUCAGGAGCUCCAAGUACCUCAUCCCAGUCCCCUCCACCAGCUGAACACAGUGAGAGUGUGGCCUCUGUUGAUUGUCUGACUGGGAGCUUCCACCAAGAGACCAAAUUAAGCUCCACAACAGCAUCAAAAUCAGACGAGAACACAGAAAAAGACUUGAGCCAGUCAAAGACUAUUGUGAAUGACAGUUGUUUGAUGGACCUGUUUAAGAAGUGUCAGACGUGUGGACAGACCAUAACCAAAAAGAAGGUGUCUCACUGUGGUGCACAGAAGAAGGUGAGGUGGAGCUGCCUUGGUGGACACAGGGGCAUAUGGAUGUCAUCACCUCACCUUUGGGAGGCGUUUCCUGAAAUCCACAUUCUUACAGCUCUCGCCAUUCUUUUUUCCGGAGGCACCUUUACAUAUUUCAAAAAAUGGGCCAAACAUCUGCAUCUGAAUUUCAUGGGGAAUAAAACCUUUUUUGAAAUUCAAAAGGCAUAUCUCAACUCAGGAAAGACACAGAUGAACAGGUCAGAGCAGGAAGUGAUCUGUGCAAAGGGAACCCACCAACAGCUGGAAGUGCCUCCGCUUCGCUUUACAGAUCAAGAUCCUCUGAAGAAAAUUAAGACCAAGUUGAGGGGAAGAGAGGAUGGAGCUUUAUCUUCAUGGUCAAGUUAUGAAAAGAGAUCCUCAUUAUCGAUGACUUGUUCUGGAGCUUGCAUGCAAGAGCCUACCGCACUGUCAAGUCUUGGAGGACAUGUAUCAGCCUCUGGAAGAUUUGAGGAGGUGGAGGUCACUAUUGACGAGGAUGAAUGCAACAGUGAGAAGAACAGAAUAUCUGACUUGGAUAGUGAUAUGGAAAACGUCACAGAAACACCCGAACUGAGAGCUGCAGGAGCUGAAGACAGCUGUGAAGAAGUCUACGUACCACGAAUUCCUCAAAGGUCCACAACAUCAGAACUUUUACUGGAAUGUGAAGAGGAGGAGCUGGAGCCAUGGCAGAAAAUAACUUCACAAGUUCACUUGAAAGACGAGGAUGACGUUGGAGAGUUGACUAAUGACCAAAUAGAUUGUAAGCCAGAGCUGUCACCUCUUCAGGGAGAUGCAGUGAAUACUUCACCACCUAAGCUGAAAACAGAAACCCCAGAGCCUGUUGUCUUCAACAACCAAGGAUUCAUUGUGGCUUCUCCACAAUUAACAAGCAACACAGAGUUCAUUGGCUCUCUCGGAACACAGUGUCCUCCCAGGAAUUCAUUUACAGUAGUACCAGCUGGUCACCGGCAGCUUUUCCAAAAAGUGGCUACAGCCGCUGUAACACCUGAGGCCUGUGGUGACGUCUGCUCUUCUGAGGUGCAGCAAAUUAGCAACAGCCGUGUGUCCUUAUCCAGUGUCCAGUGUCCUGCAAUAUAUGCAACAUCAUCUAACCAGCUGCAGUCAGACCAGUCCAACUCACAGGCCCUCUCUGUAUCUAUUUCUCUGCCUUGCUUUACUAUACUUGAACUUGAAGCAACUGACAAAUCAAACAAACAAUAAAUAUAAAAUGUAAGUGUUAGCAAGAGAACAUCAGUUACAAUUAAGCUCUGUAAGUUGUCUCACACUUGUCAUAUAAAUUGUGCAAAUGAAUAAGAUGCACAGUAUCUGCAUAUUUAAGUGUCUGUGCAGGCCAAUGUGAGUCGGUUGGCUCUUCUUACAUGGCUACAGUUGGGGGAACCCUAUACGCAAUACCCGUUACCUCUUU